CAGAAAUAGAUCAAGUUCUCCACAUAUAUUGACAAAAAAGUAGCUCUCUUUGAUCCUAAAAAACAAUGGCUAGUUGCAAGCAUGUUUUCAUUUUGGCAUUAAUUGUAACAGUGUCUUUGUCAAGCAUUAGUAUGAGCUUGGCAGCUCGUCAACUACUGCAAACGCCUGCAGCUCCAUCUCUGCCAACAUUGCCUCCACUGCCCUCAGUGCCAACACUGCCUCAAGCCACAUUGCCUCCACUGCCCUCAGUGCCAACACUGCCUCAAGCCACAUUGCCACCACUGCCUAGCACGCCAUUGCCAACUCUGCCAACUACCACACUGCCACCAUUGCCGUCACUACCAACUCAACCAACUCUGCCAAAGUCCACGUUGCCACCAUUGCCAAGCACCCAAAUCCCCUCCUUACCAAAUCCAUCUUUGCCAACAACUCUUCCUCCUUUGCCAGCCACUCCAUUGCCCACCAUCCCUACAACAAUCCCGUCAAUCCCUACCAUUCCAACUACAAUUCCAACAAUUCCCUUCUUCUCCCCACCUCCAUCAAACUGAACCAGUAGUCCUUGAAACGCUGCGGCCCUAGAGGCCAUUCACUUUCUCCUACUCCCGGCCAUUUUUGGAUGGCUCUAUGUUUUCAUGGCUUCUUGAAGCGUUUCUCUAGCGUGUUAGAGCCUGCUUUGCCUUUAUAUAUGUAUUAAUAGGAACGAGUGGGUUUUUGAUUGUACUUGUUUGUAUGUCAUUGUAGAGUCAUUCUUUACUCAUUUCAGUAUUACUUGGAUUGUUAUUGUCAUGUUUGUCCAUAUAAUAUGAUUUCUGAUUUAUUCUAA